UUUCUUAUAUAUCUUUAUUAUAAAUAUAAUAUAUAAUUAAUUUAAAAACAAAAUUGAAGCUUCAAAGUUGGAAUAUUAAAAUUGAUUAUAGAAAUUUUUUGAUUUUUUAAUACUUUAAUAUUUGAACUUCGAUAUAUCAAAAACCUACUCAUAUUAAAUUAAAUAAGUCUGAUUUUUCGUUAUCUAGUCUAAGAUUACGAUCAUCCGUAUUCAGCAAGCAAUAUUACAUAAUCCCGCUUUGACACACAGUUCACCCUACUAGCUAAGCAAACAUCUGCAUCUAUUUAAACUCCACCCCCCAAAAUCCACAGUGCUACCAGUGCCAUCCCAGUUUCGUUCCACCUAGCAUUGGCGCCGCCUUCGAGCUUUAACUUUUCAUCAUGACUUCCAAUUCCUCAAAUGAACAUGACAAAACGCCUCUUCUUGAGAAUAAACCCCUCCAACACUAUUAUGCCUCCCUCGAAUCGCGUAUCGGAUACCGAUUGGUUUUAGGAGGGACCCGUCAUUUUGGUUUCUAUCCCGCUGGCACAACAUGGCCCUUUCCUAUCCGCAAGGCUUUACACGCCAUGGAGGAUCAUCUUAUCGCGAAUCUAGCUUUGGAAUCAGGAUCUAAAGUACUAGAUGCUGGAUGUGGUGUGGGACAUGUCGCUAUGCAUUUAGCUAAGACGGCGGGGUUUAACAUUCAUGCAAUUGAUGUCGUGGAUCAUCAUCUUAUGAAGGCGCGAAGGAAUGUUAACGCAGAUGGGCUGGAGGGACAGAUUACCAUUAGUAAAGAGGAUUAUCAUCACUUGGAUGCCUUUAAGGAUGGGGAGUUUGAUGGGGUGUAUACGAUGGAAACAUUUGUUCAUGCUGUUGAGCCAGAGAUUGCCGCGAAAGAAUUCUUGAGGAUUUUGAGACCAGGUGGGAAACUUGCGAUGUAUGUUUUAAUACCCGAAAAAAUAUCCAUUCAAUGAUCAUUGGUUAACGACUAAUUAUGAACACUAGGUACGAAUACGAUCACGUCGAUUUCACCACGCAAACAAAAGACAUCGGAGCUUCAUUCACCAGGAUCAACACGCAUGCAGCGAUGCCAGCACACGAGCGAUUCAAUCAAGGCGUACUGGAAAAAAUACUAGAAGAAGCUGGAUUUGAAGAUGUGGUGGUGAAAGAUCUUUCGGAUAAUGUUCUCCCCAUGUUGAGGAUGUUUUAUCUCCUGGCUUUCAUUCCGUACUUUGUCAUCAGUUUCCUAGGACUUCAGUCGUACUUCAUUAACACGGUGGCUGGGUAUAAGGGAUAUGUUUAUAGAAACACAUCGAGAUACAUUGCGGUCUCGGCGAGGAAGCCUUUGGAUGGGGGUAAGUAGAUGGACAUGACGAUCAAUAUGUGAUGUUUUAAAGGAUUGGAAAUUGGUUGAUUAUUCUUUAGUAUACCUAUUUGAGAGCGAGCGGGUUCUUUGAUUUCGGAUACCCUAUUCCAUGCGAUUUCUAAUGAAGAAUGAAUGGUAUGAUUAUGAACUUCGCGAUAAUGGUUUACUGAAUGAUUGCGAAUUUAUUGGCAUUUUUCCAACAUCUAAGUAUCUACUAAGUGUAAUGUAAAGAAUUUAAAAGGGUUUCUUGGAAUAGUAUAAUAUACCCCCGAAGAGCCCGAACCUACGAGGUGUUAGAGGGCUAUUAGCCCCUAAAAACGAUUAAGGUUACUAGGUUACUAUUAGAUGUUAUAACCGAA